AUGCUCGGAGCCAUCGAAUUAGCAUGUCGUUACAGGUUAUGGAAAGGUGGCGAUGGAGGAAAAGAACACAAGAAAAGUCCCCGAACACAAUUGCAGAAGGUUGCGAAACAGUUAAAUGAGGAAUCUAUAUCGUUGGAAUCUAUUAUGGCAGAAUUCAAACUCUCAAAUACAACAUUAAGAAGAAUGAUGACUCAUAUGUCGGAUAAUAUGGAUCGCGGUUUAGAAAGUGGUCUAGAAAAAUCCACGAUUGCCAUGCUUCCCUCGUUUGUGCCAGAAUUACCCAAUGGAACAGAACGUGGAAAAUUCAUUGCCAUGGAUCUUGGGGGUACGAAUCUGAGAGUAAUGAUUAUGGAAAUUGAGCCGGGUGAGCCGAUGAGAACGAAACAGUUCAAUACAAGAAUGCCGAAUGCUGCGAUGCACGGAACUGGUGAAAAAUUAUUCGACUAUAUUGUAAAAGCACUUUGUGAUUUCCUCAUUGAAAGAGAAUUGGAAAAUGAAAAUCUGCCGGUUGGAUUUACAUUUUCGUAUCCGUGCGAUCAAACUGGUCUCAGAUCCGCCACUCUUUUAAGGUGGACAAAGGGUGUUACUGCCACGGGAUGCGUCGGCGAAGACGUUGUGCAGCUCCUCGAAGAUGCUAUUAAACGUGAUGGAAGAGUUAAAGUUCAAAUCGUUGCUCUUAUCAAUGAUACAGUUGGAACAAUGGUGGCGGCUGCUUAUGAAGCUGGAGGACAUUGUGAUCUUGGUGUCAUCAUUGGAACCGGUACAAAUGCUUCUUAUAUGGAAGACUCGAAGAAUAUUAUUCACGGAUUAGCGAAUGCCACUGAAGAAUACCCCCACAAAAAGAUGAUUAUUGAUACCGAAUGGGGAGGAUUCGGUGAUCGUGGAGAAGCUGAAUACAUUUUCACAAGAUAUGACAAAAUUGUUGAUGCGAAAUCGGACCACCCAGGAGUGAACUCUCUUGACAAACUUAUUGCUGGAAUGUGCAUGGGAGAACUCGUUCGAUUGGUUUUAGAGCGUCUUUGUGAGAGCAAAGUCAUUUUCAACGGCGAGGGAUCGAAGUUAUUGAGAACUCCCAACUCAUUCCCAACCAAAUACAUAUCCGAAAUCUUGCACGAUGAUUGUGGUUCGUACGCUAACACCAGACAGAUUAUGGAUGAAUUGGGAAUUGAGGGUGCCACAUUCAGCGACAUGCUGCUACUCAGAGAAGUAUGUGUUGUGGUCUCGCGACGAAGUGCCAACUUGGCAGCUGCAGCCAUCGCAUGCGUAUUGAACCGCGUUCGCCGUCCGCAGAUGCUCGUCGCUAUCGACGGCUCAACUUACAAAUACCAUCCAUUCUUUAAUCAUUGGGUCACUGAAAAGAUUCGCGAACUUCUUGAUCCUGGUCUUGACUUCAAAAUUGUGCAAACCGGAGACGGAAGUGGUAAAGGAGCCGCGCUCAUCGCUGCCAUUGUUUCUCGUGUCAAACGCGACGAAGAAAAACGGCAAAAGCUGCUCGAAGAGCAACGCCGAAAAGAGGAAGAGGAACAAGAGAGAAGACGAUUGGAGAUUGAGAUGGAGAAACGGGAAGCCGAGGAGCGCGGUCGCAAAAUGUCCGAACUUCUUCGGUAUCAGCUGGAACGUGGUGCUGAAGAAUACAUGAAGUCGAAUGUAAAGGACGACUAA